AUGAAUUGUUUCAAGGCACCAUUCUUCCCUUUGAUUGACUUAAUUACUCGUAAAAUUGUGAAAUUGAUGCGGCCAAAUGGCGAAGAAACUCCGACGGCCAAGGAGGCAAAGCACUACGACUCCGGGUUAUCAAGCGAUGACGAGCCAUUGGGAAUAAGAAAAGUGAAGAGUCGCCCAUCUUUUGAUCACUGCAAUCUCGAUGAAACUGGAAGCAGCAACGAUUCGAUCUAUGGACAAACACCCGUUCGACGAACAAGGUCUAUGCGCCUUUUUGCAAAAGAAACUGUGGAGAAGGCACGUUGCGAAACAACAAGUGGACAAAGAAGCCCAUCACUGAAGGAAGAUUGCGAAUCGGUGCGUCUGUACUUCGGGACGGAGAAGGCACGACCGAGACUCUCAAUUCAUCAUGCGCACACAUUCUCUGGUCAAAAGCGAUGCUCGGACCUUCUCAAAGGAGCGGAAGAUUUAUGGGAUCAGCCAGUUGAAGGAAAGCAACAGCGAUUAAGCACCUCUUUGCCUGACGAGCACUAUGACAGAAAGUCAGCGUUGCGGCAACUGUCUACCGGAUCUAUUGAGAAGGGGGAGUUUUCAACCAAUUCCCCAAAACAGGCCCUUCCCUGCAUUUUGGAAGUUGUAUACAAGUUGCCUAUUAUUUCGCCUGUCAUUUCUCAAGCUUUCCGUUUUAUUUCUCGUGAGACAUUAUGGCAAGAAUUCAAAAGAUCGGAUCAAUCAUUUAGUGAUUGGUAUGUACUUAUCGAUUGCCGCUACAAUUACGAGUAUGAAGGCGGACAUCUAGAUACUGCCAUCAACUUGCACGAUCCGCUGAUGCUUCACGAAUUUUUCUUCUCAGAUAAUCAUCUUGAAAUGAAGACGAAAACUGCCAAAGUUCCAAUCUUCUAUUGCGAGUUUUCAGAAGUCCGUGGGCCAAAAAUGGCUAAUGAGUUGCGCAAAAUCGAUCGAACAAGGAAUGCGGGCAAGUAUCCCCACGUCGACUAUCCUGAAAUCUACGUUCUCGCUGCCGGAUACAAAGGAAUUUGGAAUGACAAGUCAGCGGAAUCCGAUCAAAUGAAGACUCUUUGCACGCCAAGUGGUUAUGUGGCAAUGCACGACAAGAAUUUCUCGGCAGAUUUGAGACGUUUUCAACAGCACAAAUCUCGUCGCAACAAGCCUCGGCCGUCAGCUCGAUCAAUUCUAAUCAGGAAACUCAAACCAAGGCCAAUCUUUGCAAAGACUCCAAAGAAGACGUCAUUUUCCAUUUCCGACAACGACGAUUCGGCUCCAACGCCAACAAGAGUCUCCACAAAGCCAGUUGCCUUUCCAAAUUUGGACGAUAGCGACGAUGCCGAACAAAUUCUCACC